AUGGUCAGUGUUGCACAGAAUGCCAGCAGGAUGCCACGGAGGAGGAACAUUUUAAGGUAAGCAAAACGUUUUAUUGAAACAACAGGGUUUUGUGCAGUGUGCCAACAUCCAGCCGUUUAAUGACUGACAUCCGUAAAAAAAUAAAUUAAAAAAAGUGCUGCUUCCUAGUUUCUGUUGAAUUGGUGCAGAUGACCGGACAUUUAAGCUUGAGCGCUAAUGGCCGUAACACCUGCUGUUAGCUAACUAAUGCUAAGUAGUGGGAGCUUGUGGUGCUGGAGUUCGUAGCAGGGUUUAGCAGUUAGAUUACCUGUCACUGCAGCAUGCAAGUUAAGGCCAAAGAGUUUUGUCGCCAUUUGUAUUAAAGAUCCUGGUCCUGACAGUUAAAGGUAAUGCAGCAUAUCAUAGCUGCAUUAGCUAUGCAGGCUAAUUGUGAAGUGAGCUAGCAGAGUGAGUCUCGGACACAGGUGCACUACUUAGUUUGGAGAGAAAAAAAGCGCACAGAUUAGCGCCAGUCUUGGUGAGCCUUAUUCUGUGAAUGUUAUUACAGUUUGUGAUUAAAAAAAUAAAUAAUUAUACAGUCUUUCGAGGAGGGGAUGCGUUAUUGAAUUUUGAGUAGAUUUUGCUGAUUGCAGUGAUAAGAAUGAUCCGCUAUUUAACGUUAUUUCUUGAAGGGUCUUGCACUAAGCUUUUCAAUCAGGUGUGGUUUAAACUUUGCUACAAGCCAAUGUGUUUAGUGUAUUGUAAUGAAAACACAUUGUUCCAAUUAUUUAAUUGAAAUUGUGUUCCAGGACUGUACAUUGUCAGAUUUUAAAGGGGAUCUAUAAAUAACUUUAAUAUAUCCAUCUUGUGUGUAUAAUAUAAAUAAGCAAUGUGUUUGAUAGAAAAGGGUUAAUACUUUAAUGACCUUCACAUUGCAUUUGCUUUUUAAGAGGUUUUUAUUAUGAGGGUUGAUAGUCUGCUUUAGUGUUUAGGUAUGGUAUCAAUACAAAAUUAUGUCCAAACAUGUAUGAAACUAAUGUUAGUUAACUGAGAAUCUGAUCUUAGUGAGUCUCAUAGAUAAGUAUUCUCUCCAACAGGUAGGAUGGCUAACAUUGGAAGUUCAAUGGAGAGAGUGAGGAAGAAGAAACGAGUCACUCCACAACAAGAUGCAGAGCAACACAUUCAGCUGAAAAUUGAUAAGGCUGGACUCGAAGAGCGUUUUAUCAAUCUGCACAAAGGUCGGGGUGUUUUUGCUACUGAGGCUUUCAGAAUAGGAGAUUUUGUGCUUGAAUACCGUGGCAAACUUCUCAAACAGGACGUCCCCCUUUCUUUGAGGCACUAUGAUGACACAGAAGCAGUGUUCCUGUUUGAUUUUCAGUGGAAAGGGAAAAAUUAUUGUCUUGAUGCAUCAGUUGAAGACAAGUCGCUUGGAAGGCUGGUGAACGAUGACAACCGAAAGCCUAACUGCAAGAUGAAAACUAUUGAUAUUGUUGGGAUGCCACACCUAUGCUUGUUUGCUAUAAAAGACAUUACCCCAGGUGAAGAAGUAACAUACAACUACGGCGAUGCAGACUGGCCUUGGCGCAAACAGCAGAAAUCAUCACCUGAAGUCUGGAAGCAGACUGUGGAUGAGAGUGACAGACCUCAGGUAGGAGCCACAUUACUGCAUAGACUACUUAAUCCCUCAGGGAUGAGACGGUAUUGGUAAUCUGUGUUGUAUAUAGUGGGUCAGUGAGUAUGAAUUACCUCCCAGCACUUCUCUUAUGGCAGCCCAAGUAGUCUGUGUCCAUAAGUACUUCUCAUGUCUGUGUGUCUGCUGUUGGGAUGGACUCUGUCUGUCAGUUACCACACUACAAGUAUGUCUAGACUGACAAACUGGUGUCUAAAGGUUUCAUCUAACGGACGUCCCCAAUUGGUUUUGGUCAGCAAGUGUGUGUGUUUUGAACGACCCCAAAAGUAUGUCUAGACUGACAAACUAAACUAAGUUUCACUUGCUUGAACGUCUCAUAACACUGAGCAGUUAAAAUGUUCCCAGACGUGACAUAAAUGGAGCCACCUACAUCCUCACACACUUAAGUUCAAACUUUAAG